CCUUCAUGUAGCCCGUGUUUUGCAAACAAAGCGAAAGUAGAAACGCAUCGUCGAGGAGCACUGCUGUCAACAUUGGCAAAGAAGAGUUUGUUUUUUAGACAGAGUUAUAGCACAAUUAAGAAAAUAUGACACAGAAACGUGGACUGAUCACUGACACCUACAAAAUUGUGAAGAAGACAAGAAGAGGGGGAAAGAGAGACAAGACACCUUCGCCCCCAAAACCAGAACCUGAGCCCCCGCAACUGAGUGAGCGAGAAAAAGAUCUACAAGAGCUGAAGAAGUUUGAUCUGGACUGGACAUUUGGACCAUGCACUGGCAUCAGUCGAUUGCAAAGAUGGGAGAGGGCAGCACUGCAUGGGCUUAAUCCCCCACAGGAGAUUAAAGAGAUUCUGCUGAAGGAGAAUACAGACCCAGAGUACACACAGAGUCUCUGGUGUGACUAUCCCCUCUGAGGAGCAGAUGGAGAAAAACUAAGGAGAAAGAAAAUACUCUUGUAUUGCUUAUUUUGUACCUUGGCUUACACUACAUUUUAAUAAACAUUUUUCUAUUCA